UACUCUAUCUAUUACCUAAUUCCUAAUCAUAGUAAGUAGUAAGUGAAGAACAUGUUGCACUGUCUCAACACUUCGGGGAAUCUAGCUGGUGGCUCCUCCGACAUGACAGUGUUGGAAAGACAAAAGGCGAGGAUGAAGUGGGAACAGGAACAGGGCUCCUUUUUUGGAACUGGGUUCAACGCUGUCUUCUCUUCUUCUUCUUCUUCUUCUUCUUCUCUGCAUGUUGAGAAUUCUGAGGCUUACCCCGGAGCAGGAAUAGUAUUGCACAAGUUUGAUAUGGCACCCGCUACUGCUCCACCUGCUGCUGGGUUUGAUUUGAGUUGUGCAAUAUCAAGGACUUUUAGUUGUCCGCCCACUCUGCCAGAGCCUAAAGCCACUCACUUCUCAUCAAUUGGGAAAGAGUGUUUUAAGAAGAGGAAAACCCACAAUCCCAAGUUUGUUGCAGAAAAUUAUAAGAAAGACAAGAAGAUCAAAGUGGGUGUGGAGGAUGGAGAAUCCAAAAUCACAGGGCAGACCAAGAAUAACACAACCACCACAAAUAGCAUUAGCAACAACAGAGAAACUUGUGCAGAUGCUUCAAAUUCAAAUCCUUCCGAGGUUCAAAAGCCUGAUUACAUUCAUGUCCGAGCACGUCGUGGCCAAGCCACUGAUAGCCAUAGCUUAGCUGAAAGAGUUAGAAGAGAAAAGAUAAGUGAGAGAAUGAAGUAUUUGCAAGAUUUAGUACCCGGUUGCAACAAAAUCACCGGAAAAGCAGGAAUGCUAGAUGAGAUCAUCAACUAUGUUCAGUCUCUUCAACGACAAGUUGAGUUUUUGUCAAUGAAAUUGGCUACUGUGAACCCAAGGCUUGGCUCUAAUAUCGAUGAUCAAUGUGAGAAAGAGGUGUUUCUUGCUUGUGCUUCAACAUUUCCAAACACGGGGAUGUCAUUUGACAUCACCAAUUCCUCCUAUCUUCAGUUCAAUUCACCUCAACAAAUUGUUUCAUAUGGUGGAUUAGAUAUGGGGAUUAACUCUUCCGAUAUUGGGCUUAGAAGGACCAUAAGUGCUCCUGUAUCAAUGCCUGAAACGUUUCUUGACGACUCCUGUUUCAAUCAAUUUCUACCUUCCUCAACAUGGGAAGGUGAUUUCCACAACCUUUACAAUUUGGAUUUUGAUCAAGCACCAACAACAUCCUUUCCUUCUCAGCUGUUCACAGGUCUACUUGAAGCUGGCAAUCUAAAGAUGGAGAUGUAGACUAGAGCUCCAAUUUCCUUAUGCAUCUUAUCAAUAUUCUUUUUUUUUUUUCAAGUACAUAGC